AUGGUAACUGAGGUGGGGCCUGGAGAUGCACGACAGCUUGAAGACAUAGACCUGCCAAAAAAAAAGAAGAAAGAAGUGGUCCUUGGGAAGCAGUCUAGUGGAACACCAGACUGUGUUAGUCGAAUCCAGAAGCUUCCAGCUCAGAACCAUGUGAUCUUGGAUACAACGACAUAUUCCACGGAGAGAUCCGAGCACUUCAAACCCUGCCGAGACAAGGACCUUGCCUACUGUCUCAACGAUGGCGAGUGCUUUGUGAUUGAAACCUUGACCGGAUCCCAUAAACACUGUCGGUGCAAAGAAGGCUACCAAGGAGUCCGUUGUGAUCAAUUUCUGCCGAAAACUGAUUCCAUCUUAUCGGAUCCAACAGACCACUUGGGGAUUGAAUUCAUGGAGAGUGAAGAAGUUUAUCAAAGGCAGGUGCUGUCAAUUUCAUGUAUCAUCUUUGGAAUUGUCAUCGUGGGCAUGUUCUGUGCAGCGUUCUACUUCAAAAGCAAGAAACAAGCUAAACAAAUUCAAGAGCAGCUGAAAGAGCCACAUAAUGGUAAAAACUACAGUCUCAAAACAUCUAGCACAAUGGCAAAGUCCGAAAACUUGGUGAAGAAUCAUGUCCAGCUGCAGAAUUAUUCAAAGGCGGAAAGGCAUCCUGUGACUGCAUUGGAGAAAAUGAUGGAGUCGAGUUUUGCCGGCCCCCAAUCAUUCCCAGAGGUCCCUUCUCCUGACAGAGGAAGCCAAUCUAUCAAACACCACAGGACCCUCUCCUCUUGCUGCAGUCCAGGGCAAAGGAGUGGUAUGCUCCAUAGGAAUGCCUUCAGAAGGACACCCCCAUCACCCCGAAGUAGGCUGGGUGGACUCGUGGGACCAGCGUAUCAGCAACUGGAGGAAUCAAGGAUCCCAGACCAGGAUACGAUACCUUGCCAAGGGAUAGAGGUCAGGAAGACUAUAUCCCACCUGCCUCUACAGCUGUGGUGUGUUGAAAGAUCCCUGGACUUAAAGUACUCAGCCAAUGGUUUAACAGCCCAACAAAAUGCAUCAAUAAAUAUGCAACUGCCUUCAAGAGAGACAAACUCCUAUUUUAAUAGUUUGGAGCAAAAGGACCUGAUGGGAUAUUCAUCCCCAAGGGCCAGUUCCGUGCCCAUCAUCCCUUCAGUGGGUCUAGAGGAAACCUGCAUGCAAAUGCCAGGGAUUUCUGAAGUCAAAAGCAUCAAAUGGUGCAAAAACUCCUACUCUGCUGAUAUUGUCAAUGUGAGUAUUCCAGUCAGCGAUUGUCUUAUAGCAGAACAACAAGAAGUGAAAAUAUUGCUAGAAACUGUCCAGGAGCAGAUUCGAAUUCUGACUGAUGCCAGGCGGUCAGAAGACUACGAACUGGCCAGCGUAGAGACCGAGGACAGUGCAAGUGAAAACACAGCCUUUCUUCCCCUGAGUCCCACAGCCAAAUCAGAACGAGAGGCACAAUUUGUCUUAAGAAAUGAAAUACAAAGAGACCCUGCAUUGACCAAGUGACUCGAGAUGUAGAAAUCUGUGCAUUCUAUGCUUUGCUCAACAGGAAAGAGAGGAGAUUAAAUACAAAUUAUUUAUAUGCAUUAAUUUAAGAGCAUCUACUUAGAAGAAACCAAAUAGUCUAUCGCCCUCAUAUCAUAGUGUUUUUUAACAAAAUAUUUUUUUAAAGGGAAAGAAACGUUUCAGGAGGGAUAAAGCUUACAACUAAAGCUUUUGGGUAGAAUUCUGAAUACAAUUUCAGUUAGUCCCAACACUGUCCUCUUUGGCUCUUAGUAGAUGUGAGCAAUUCAGACCCUCAGCCCCACAGCGCCAGUGGCCUCAUAAAAAGUGCUGGCAGUUACCCAGUUUCAGAGAGAAGAGAUGUAUGCUGAGGGCGGACGUGCCAGUGAGCAGGUGGCCCUUGCCAUGUGGCUUGCCAAUCCCAAACCCUAAAUCUCUAUUCACUCGACAGCCUCAUCACAGGUUAUGUCAUGUCAACCAAUGUAAUGUUUUCUACUUACUUUUUGAAGAAUGGCACAAAGACUCUGGAAGGAGAGGACCAGAAGAUAGAGGGCAUCACGGGGCAAUCUUAGCCACUCUUAUGUGCCAGCUUCCUCCAAAAUUUGAAGGCGCAGAAUCUCAGAGGGAGGUAGGAAAUUACUAUAGAAAAAGAGACAAAAACAUCACAAAUGUCGUGUCACUAAAAUCAUGCUAAUAGAAAUGUUUUUCUUUGAGAUUGUUUUAGGGGGCUCCAAAGGAGCAUUUCUCAGUGUGUGUGCCUGUGUGUGUGUGUAUGUAUGUGGGGGCCUGCUCACUCGAGCACCGGUAUGCUAUAUGCACAUAUGUUCAUUGUGCGUAUGUGUGUGCAUGUGUGUGUGUAUUCAGCUUGCUAAAAAUUUGUUGAAACAUCAGGGAAUCUAAUAUUCAGAAGAAAAAAAAUUUCCCUCGUAGAUCUGUUCACUUUAAAUUUUUUCCAUUAAGUAGAAAGUUCAGUUAGUAAAUCAAGGUCACUUGCAUGGUGGGGUCCUACAAAACUCUUGACAAUGUCUAGACCAUUUUCUGAUGUGAAUCUUUUUGAGAGAAACAACUAUUGGCUCAUUAAUGAUAUCAGUAUCACAAGGCAAGUAGGGGAUGUGUACCUAUUCUGAGUCAUGCAUACUUAAAUUAUUUAUACAAGCCAAUGAUCAAAUUGAUGGUUAUCCUUUGCUUUCUCAUCAUCCUCAUUACUAUUUAUUUUAUAGCGAGUCUGCCAUGUGUGGACCAAGACAUUGGCUUCUGUGGUUAAUAUGGAAAGAAUAAAUUGUUGAAGUCACAAAGCCCAGCCUAUUCAGUUCACAGGAAGUCCCCCAAAGAACAGUAAAUUGUGCUGUAUGUUCAUUUGGAAUAAAGCAAUAU